AUGGCCUGUUCCGUUUCCUCCGCCGCCCCUGAACCUCGCACGUUCCAGCCCUUCCAAUGCUCAAUAUGUCAGAGUCGCUUCACACGCCACGAGAACUUGAAGCGCCAUGCUGCACUUCACGCACGCUCUCCCGACUCUUCUCUCUCAUGCGACCUGUGUAGUGCUACCUUUUCGCGGCCUGAUCUUCGUGUCCGUCACAUGAAAAGGCAGCAUCCCGACGAAGAUAACCAACGGCGCAGAAACCUCUCAGUGACCAGCAGUGGGAGUAGUAGGAAGCGAGCAAGAGGCGACUCACCCGCUUUAUCACCCUCGGAAACAAGCGAUGGAUCCUAUGCUCUGCCCCCUAUCGAUCAAGACGGCGGAGACUCAAUGCUCGGCUCGGAGCUAGAGUCAACGUCCCUACCAUUAGCGUCCACGUUGGAGCCAAGCAGGUCUGAAUCAGGCACAUCAGAAACGGCCUUCAUUCCCUCCUUGGCUGACUUCAACUUCCAUCAAUGGAGCCCGGAUGCCUUGUUCACAAACCAACAUCCUUCCAGGCAGGAUGACUGGUAUCCCUCGGAUUCGCAGAUAUCGCAUGGCUGCCAGCUCUUCUUCGACCACGUGGCAGGUUUUCUCCCCUUUUUACAUCGACCGACCUUUGAAACCCAUGAGACGUCCGGAGCGCUGCUUCUCAGCGUGCUCGCCCUCGCAUACCAGUAUGGCGAGGACCCUGAUAGCGGUGAUGAAGCAGGCUCGGGACAACCCUUAUCCAUCCAGUGUUUCCAUCGAGCACGGGCGUUUAUUGCCACCGAGGAAGAACGUGUGGAUGAAUCGUUACAUGGUGUCACGCUAGUACAAGCUUAUCUUUUGCUCGAAGUCUUCGCAUUGAUGUAUUCCACUGAUAACGACGCUUCAUACGGUUUCAAGACACAUUCAAAAAUGAUAUCCCUGGCACGAGCCGCUGGCUUGAUGCAGCCUACUCCAGCCUCACCCACGGAGACUGAGGAUCUAGAACAACUUUGGCUCACUUUCGCGCAGGCUGAAUCGGCUAAGAGGACUCUGUAUGCGAUUCACCAAAUCGAUACGCUGUGGUACCAGAUUCUGUCAAUACCACGGUCGCUUUCUCAUCUGGAAAUUAAGCACGACCUUCCAUGUCGGGAAGCUUUCUUUACAGCGUCAUCGUCCGGUGAGUGGGCAGCUAAGCAGCUUCUUGCGAAAAAUCAGGCUUCUCCAGUACCAUAUUCGGACGCCGUGCGACGCCUGUUGUCCGGUGCACACCUGGACGCUAUCCCAGACUUCGACCCAUACGGUACCAUCAACAUCACACACUUUAUACUCUCUAGCGCGAGGGAAGUAUCUGGCUGGUCUACCAUGACCGGCACGUUAAGCAUGGACCGCAUUGAGCCGUUGCGUGCCUCUCUCCGGGCUCUUGGUCCAUACGCGCACCCACAAACGCCGGGCACCUCACAAACACCAUCUGUCGCGCUAUGGGAGGCAACAUGGGAAGCGGCUAUGAUAGACAUGCAGUCGUGGUCUCCAUCGCAUACGGGCGGCAUUAUCGCGAACAGUCUCGACGCAGGACUGCACCAAAUGACCGCCAUGGCACCUUCGUUCGACCUGAUGUGCAAAUCGAAAAUUGUUUCCACAAUACAGCCGCAUGUUGAUUGGUUCCUGCGCUACCUGGAUGCAACGCUUAUUCCGGAUACGGAGGCACCAUGGGUAAUACUGUAUGCUUACAAGGCGUUCAUGAUCGCGUGGCAGCUCCUCCAUGGCGGUGCGAAGGGCUGCAUGCAGGUUGUCGGAGUGCAAGAUGGGAAUAGAGAAGCAGCGCUAGCAUGGGCAAAGAAAGCUUUUGGUCGCCGAAGAAACUGGAAACUUGGGAAAGUUGUGGUCAGCUGUUUAGACGAGCUGCGAGCGUAA